UAUUGCGUUCGCUGGAUUUUAUCGUACAGCGAAGUAGUUUCAAAAUCCGACGUGGCUCCGAUCCGCACCAGGAUUCGUGCAGAGGAAAUCCAAUGGGAGAGUGCGCGUUCGCUGGGAUUGCCCCCGAGCGAACGUUCACCAGUUACUAUUUCGCGUCUUUAUUUGAUGGGCCGAAUUGUCCAGUCCCCACCAGCAGGGCCCAUUGCCCGGUGGAGCGAGCGGUGGCCCCUAAAACCCUAUCCACGGACCCACCGCCCAGCGAUAACCAACCCCUCCUGCCAAAGAACUCGCCGAGACGCCGCCCGCCGCCGCCGCCAAGCCGUAACCGAAGAGGGAGCCCAAGCGAAGCAAAACUCCCCAAAUCCGAUCUCCCAUGGAGUCGCAGCUGCAGGGCAAUGGAGAGCAGGCCACGGACGCGCGCUACCACGACGCCGCGUCGGCGGCGCCGGCCAGCAAUGCGCCGCUGGCCAUAGCGGUGGUCCCGGCGGCCGCGCACGGGCCCAUCGUGCCGAAGCCGGAGCAGGCGCCGGGGGAGUUCCUGGGCGGGCUCGCCGUGGCGCUCCCGCCGCGGAACCGCGACCGGCACACCAAGGUCGAGGGCCGCGGGCGGCGCAUCCGCAUGGCGGCGCCCUGCGCGGCGAGGGUCGCACAGCUCACGCGCGAGCUCGGCCACAAGACCGACGGCGACACCAUCCGCUGGCUCCUGCAGCAGUCGGAGCCGGCCAUCGUCGCCGCCACGGGCACGGGGACGGUGCCCGCGAUCGCCACCACCGUCGACGGCGUGCUCCGCAUCCCCACCGAGUCGCCCUCCGCCGCGGGGGCCGACGGCGCGGGGCCGGCAUCCAAGCGGCGCAAGCUCCAGCCGACGCGCGCGGCGGGCGGCGCGGGGCCGCUCGUCGCGGCGCCCCCUGCGGCCUACUACCCCGUCGCGGCCGACCCCCUCCUGCAAGGCAACGGCGGCGGCGGCGCGAUUUCGGUGUCCAGCGGCCUCGCCCCCGUCUCGGCCGCGGCAGCGCCCGCGGGAGGCCACAUCCCGUUCUUCGCCCUACAGGUGCCGGCAUCCGGGGACGGGAAGCAGAUGGUUCCCCAGGCAGCCAUGUGGAUGGUUCAGCAGCCGCCCGCCGCCGGAGGCGCGCCCAACCACCCGACGCACUACUGGGCGUUCCAAUCCAACCCUGCAGAAUUCAACAACUUCCCCGGCGCACAGGCCAUCAACGUCGCCAACUACCAGCAGCAGCCGUGCUACAGCCCGAUGCAGUUCGUCGCCGCGGGCGGGGAGCCACAGGACCAGCAAGAAGCCGGUGACCAGUGCGCGGACGCCGACGACCAGAUCCAGGGCCUGGAGGACGACUACGACGGCGAGGCGUUGACUGACUCCAGCUCCGAAGAGUAGCAUGGCACGGCAGCGCCAAGCUCCAUAGUCCAUAGAACAAACUCGAAUCCAAGACUAGGAAUUUUGUAAUUGUCCGUAUUUUGCUAGUCUGGCGAAGUGCGUGAAAAUGGGAAGAAAGUGGUCAACGGUUGGAUAUGGGGUAAAGUGGGAGAUGUGGACGGAGAUCGGAGAAAAGUACGAAUGGCACGUGAGCUCUCGUCAGUGACGUGGUGAUCACAUUGUGGUCAAGCUCAGUAAAAGGGUCAAAACCAUAUUGGGGCCAAGGGAGGAGCGCAAAUAGAACAAUGCCGAGAGACGAGAGCCCUGAGAUCCAGGCCCUUUUGGUGGUUGAGUAGCAUAUAUUUUAUUCACUCCAUUUUAUAAUGUACUCCUUCUGUUCCUAAAUACUCUCUCCGUUCUAAAAUA